AGCCUCAUACAACCGCCAAUUGCAUUUCAUCGCAGGCCUCUUAGUGCUCUGUUGGCGUGUAUUAAGCCACACGCGGACAUGUUCUUCAUCAAGGAACUAACGCACACCAUCCUCCUCCACCCAUCCUACUUCGGCCCUCGCAUGAUCCAGUUCCUCGAAUCCAAGCUAUACGCUGAUGUCGAAGGAACAUGUUCCGGUCAAUUUGGAUAUGUCAUCGCCGUCGUGUCCAUCCUCGAGUAUGGCAAGGGCGUGGUCCUCAGCGGAAGUGGCCAAGCAGAGUUUAUCACGCGGUACCGAGCGAUCGUGUUCAAGCCGUUCAAGGGAGAGGUCGUGGACGGUGUCGUGAACAAUGUGAACAAGAUGGGCUUCUUCGCAGACGUGGGCCCCCUGACGGUCUUCGUCUCGCACCAACUCAUCCACCCUGACAUAAAGUUCGACCCCAACUCAAAUCCCCCAUCGUUCGCCUCCGAUGAACAGAUCAUCGAGAAAAAUACAAAAGUCCGCCUAAAAAUUGUAGGCACCCGUGUUGACGCGACGGAAAUCUUCGCAAUCGGGACAAUAAAAGAGGACCAUCUGGGAGUCAUCGAGUGA